UGGGGACGCAGGGAGCUGGUCUGUAUUGAACCAUUGCACAAGCCCACAGGUGCCCACAAUUGCGCUGUGCGCCCCGUAGCCUCGUCGAACACAGGCAGAGGUACCCGGUGACGCUCUUUGGGCGCCGAGGCCCACCCGCCGUCGCGCGACGGUACUUGCUCCACCCAAAACGGGACAUGGCGGUCUCCAGACACAACGUCCAUCCAUCCAGCCAUCACGUCCACGAACAUCGGCCGUCGCAAUUCCAUCGCCCCCUCCACCACAGCAUCCCGAACCAUCCUGCACUGCACCGUCCCCAUCUAUGUCAAUGAAGCGCUAUCAGCCGGUGCCCAUCUAGUCCCCCGACUCCGACCGGAAGGCGGGCGAAAUCACCUCGAACCCCCGGCGCAUGGGGUGUCCGGCCGUGCAUCAGUCCUGUCCAUCCCCCAGGGGCCAAUAUGUCAUUGCAUCAAUCCCAGAAUGGCUGGCCAACGCCUGCUGGCAGCCAGGGAAAUGGAAUCAGGAUGAACCAGCCCCCUUCCGAUGCCUCGUCGCGAUCCCAGAACGAUGCGCACAUGUUGAUGCCUGAGGCAUCAGACAACCACGACGAGGACAGUCGACGCGCUCACUUCGCCAACCUCUUUCGCAAAGCCGACGCCCGCAUCGCCGCCCUCUUUUCCGAUGACGGCGACAUCCACCCCGCUGCAGUCGAGUCCCUCAAGCGCCCUCCCACCGCUGACGACUCCUUCAACCUGCCUCCCCCUACCACCGACCACGCGCCCAUCCAGCAACCACCCCUGAAAAAGGCGAAGCGCGUAAUUGACGAGGAUGACUAUGGCGAUGAUGAUGAAGAUGAAGAUGAAGACGACCAAAAUGCCGAGGGCGCCUCCGCGCCGCUCAAGUCCCAGACUGCGGCUGCAAAUGCCGCCGCAGCAAAGACAUACCUCUCCCCGUCCAAGUCGGGGAGCUCUCCCGUCCACUCUGUCUCCUCUCCCGGCAAGAGUGGCGACAAGACUAAAGAGGAUAGCGCGUCGCAAGACCAGGCGAGGUCAUCCGAAGAUGCGCGCAAGCAACUCGAACAGGCCCGCAACGCGACCGAGGAGGCGGCCAAGCGCAGCUUCCACACCCAGUUUUACACCCUGGAGAAUGACCGUACCGCCAUGUUGGAACAGCAGCAACUGGAAGAAUCCGAGAAACAAAUCCAGGCUGAGAUGGACAAGAACGGCGGCAGCGCGUCCAACGAAGGCCCCGGCCAGGCCCAUGGAUCCCUGAGCAGCGCCAACCUCGGCGCUUCGAGCCUGACGCUGAAACAUCUCAUAGCCCGGAUAGACAUGAAGCGCAGUCAGGUUCAAGCGACUGACCAGGAAUUACGCAGUCUCAUGAAUGAGGUCAGAAAGAACCGAUCGAAAUGGGCGAGCGAGGACAACGUGGGCCAGGAGGAGCUCUACGAGGCUUUGGAGAAGGUCCUUAGCGAAUUGAAGGCGCAUACCGAGUACUCGACACCGUUCUUGCAGAAAGUCAGCAAGAGAGACGCGCCAGACUACUACAGUGUCAUCAAGCAGCCCAUGGACCUCGGCACCAUGACCAAGAAGCUCAAGCAACUCCAGUACAAAUCCAAGGCCGAUUUUGUGGCCGACCUAAGCCUGAUAUGGGACAACUGUCUUCGAUACAAUCAGAACUUGAACAACCACCUCCCUCGGAUGGCUAAUGGCAUGCGGAGGGAGGCGGACAAGCUCACGCCCCUGAUCCCGGACCUGAUUAUCAGACCUCGCGCUGAGGUUGAGGCCGAAGAGCGGCGAAAGCAGAACGGUGGCGAGGAAGACGCUGGCGACGAUAGUGACGAUGAGCCCAUUAUAUCUUCGCGUGGUCGUAGCAGUGCCACAAAAGGCGCCACGAAAUCCAGAAAGGCCCCCUCGGACCAGAAAGAAGGAACGCCGAACAACGAUACCAAGCCAAUACUUCAGCUCAACGGAAUCCUGGCCAAAACCGGCCGAGAAGGCUCUGAGAUGGGUGAGGGCAGCAAUGGGUUCGGCACUCCACCAGUCGGGUCCUUCACUCCCCUGGGACAGCACGGCCAGUCCGGAAUCGGUAGUAAUGCCGAUGCCAUGGACAUUGAUGGACCAUCUUUGAGCGGUAUGGCUCUCAACCACGCACUCGGCGAGGCUGCCGACCAAGAGGUUGAGGACGAGGAGUACAAGAUUUGGAAGCAGGUGACCAAGAAAGAUCGUGCCUUAGCCGCACGGGAACGUCACAAGCUCUUCAAGGGCAACAAACUGAACAUCGACGAACCAGCUCUUUUGAGGACCAAGACGGGCAUGCGGCGCGUGCUCCGAAGCCAAAAGCAAGCAGAGUUGUCUGGUAUCCUCGCUGCAUCCGGCGUGGACUCAGCAGCCAUCGCUGCCAAGGACGCAGCAAAGCCGAUAGAAACCCUGGCUGAGGGCAUGGAAGAGGAAGAAGAGCGCGCCAUUCCUGAUUACUACGAGACGAACAAUCUCGUGCCUGACGUUCCGCCCAAGCUGCAAUGGAUCGAAGAUGACGAGGGCCAGGUGAUAAAUCAGCACGAGGAUGUCUUGCGGAUGGUACCACGAGGCUCGUUCGUCGCCCCUUCGAGCAUCCUUACCAAGAAGUUCGAUGCGAAUCUCCGGCAGCUGCAAGAGACCAGGAAGGUUGUCUCCAAGAUUGGCGUUAUCAAGCAGAUGCAGAUCCAAUCGCAGGUCUACGCAAACCAAUUCCCAAAGUACGAGCCCGAGCCGUUCGUCGAGGCGGAUAUCGAACCACAUUUUGUCGCUGGCGAUGCGCCCGUUGUGGCGCCCAAUGUUUGCAAAUCGGCUCUACAGCGCUCGGUGGCCAAGAUCUUCUACCAUGCAGGAUUCGAAGAGCUGCAACCAUCUGCGCUGGACGUCGUUGCAGACAUUGCGGGGGAUUACUUUGAAAAGCUCAUUCGCACCUUCAACGUCUACCAGGAAGCCGAGAAGAAGACCGCCACUGGCGUCUACGCCGAGCGUGGGGCCAAGUUCCAACCCCGCUUUACACAAGAGGAAGCCAUCUUGCACACCCUGAACGAGAGCGGCCACAGCCUCGAGACACUGGAGGGUUACGCCAAGGAUGAUGUUGAGAGGCUUGGCACCAAGCUGGGAACCAUGCAUGAGCGCAUGAAGUCCCAUCUAGCGGACUUGCUCCGGCCGGCGCUCAACGACGUUGGGCCGGACGGUGCUGGAGCUUUCAAGGACGGCAGUGAACAAUUCGUUGGCGGUGACUUUGCUGAAGAGCUAGGCGAAGACUUCUUUGGCUUCAAGGCCCUUGGUCUUGACCGAGAGCUCGGCUUGGAGAUGAUGUCGGUGCCUCUACACCUACUCCAGACUCGUGUCCGGAAUACGUUCCAGUCACAGGCACAGACCGUUGACGCCGAGAUCCACGAUGUUUUCGAGCAACUUCCUCCUGCAGAUCCGGUCACGAAGGACAACAUCCAGGACCAGAUCGGGCUUGUCAAGAACUUCUUCCUCGCCAAGUUGCAUGCUAAUAGCGAUCAACCUUUGGUGGAGGAUGAGGAUCUCCCAGUGAAGCAGAGGAGGCCCCGGCCUCGCCUUGGAGCGACUGGAAAGAUUGUGUCACCUCAGAAAAGGCCGCCAAAGGAGCAAAUCGCGCUGGCCAAGAAGAAGAAGAAGCUCGAGGCCGGUAAAGCCCAGGUCACCGAUCCGAAGCCCGGCGGUCCCAACACCACGCCUGAAAAGAGCAAGAAGUUGGGCAAAAAUAUCCCCGCGCUGCCCAACGGAGCUCCCAAUCCUCUCCAGGCCCCAGCGAUGGAACGUGUCGACAGCCUGCAGAGUCAGGGUAUCGCGAGCAGCCCGCCUGGCGAUAACAAGGAUGAAGCUGUCGGCAUGCUGAGUCCUGAGAGCAAUGAGCAGUAGGCGUGAGAACAGCUAGUCUGUUCUUAGGAGACGGACAGGAUGCCAAGAGAAUUUUUCGAUCUACCAGCGAAUUGCCCCGGCUGUACAGCAACAACAGUCUUGACAGCAGGUUCAUUUUACUUGCCCUGAUUCAUUCCACACAUGUCGCCGUGGUUCUCGGCAAUUCUGUUCCUUUCCUCGCAACAGCGCAAGACGCAGCGCACAGGGCUGGGUCUCCGGCUUAUCUGGUAUUGCUGCUUCGCACUCAUUCAGAUAUACAAUUUUCUGUCAGGAUUUCUCGUCAACUACUCGUCAAGCCCGUUAUGGACAACUUUCAAGUGCCCGGGGAUCACCUUUUCCGUCUAAAAGAAAUGCGGGUUGGAUUGUUGAUAAGUAUGGAAGGGCAGGGCUUUUCCAGCUACUCUCAUUCACUGCUGCCGACCCGAUCAGCGGGCAUCCCUGUCUCAAAAGAAGUCGACACAAGCAACAUCAUCAGAGCAAGACGGAGCAUCACUUUCACAUUCUGCCUCUGCUUGAUCACCACACAGCAACCAACUAAGCCUUUAAGUGUAAUCAAUGCAGCAUCCAACAUUGGCGACUUCCUCAGCCUCAGACAACGUUGGCUCUCUUUGCUUUUCAAAGGCGUUCAGGACUUGAUACACUGCAUCGAAAUCAAAGGAAAUAAAAGGGUCGGGCAGGACGAAACGAAACGGGGACAGAUUGAUGGCUUUUUUCUUGGUUAUUACGCCACCCUCUCCCAUGCUUCUGCCAACCCUCAAAAAGGAGAUACCUACGUCGAUUCUGUAUUUUGCGCGUCUUCAAGGCAGCCCUAGCCUCGAAUAUUUUUUUGUACUUAGGAGUUUUAGACCGUGGUGUAUUUGGUGAUUGGCCACUUGCGUGGUGUGAGGGUCUGACUUCGGUGGGCUCUUUUUCUGCGCCACAUUUUCCCUGGAAUGUCGCCUUGGUCCGGUCGAUUGGUGGCUCGGGUGUUGGUAUACCUUCUUCUUAUGGGCUUCUUUUAACUGGCAGAGAGGCUUCUUCCGGUUGGUUCGGACUUGGACGGGUGAUCAUUGAUACGAACGAAUGAGGCGGGCAUUUGAUGGGAUGCGCCUUCGGGACUUGAAACCGGCAUGCCGAGUAACGAAAUAUGGCGCAUGGUCGACGACAGACGUGGCUCUGGUGGGGUCUCUGGCUAGUGAUGGAGGGCAGACGUAGCAGAUACCAUGAAAUACUUGAGCCCUUUG